UUAGUCCCGUCGAUGGACAUGGCAUUUACGAUCCAAGCGGCGACAACACGGCUGGAUGGAGCUUUCAGCUUCAAUAGCAUGCGGCAACAUGACUCUUCGUUCAGACUGUUAAAAGGAAGCUGCAACGCUCGACCAUCCUGAGGCCCAAUACCUCAGCCCUCCUGUCAAUGGCUAUAGUCAUAGGUGUCGUCGAUGUCUUGGCCCUCAUUUCGCUCAUUUACAUCAUAGCACGUCUGACCUCGAGUCGAGCGCGAGGACACCUACCUCCCGGUCCACCUGGGUGGCCUCUCAUCGGGAAUAUCUUCGACGUGCCGAAGCCGUUCGUGUGGAAGACAUUUGCGAAAUGGAGUACUCAGUGGGGAGACAUCAUGAUGCUAAAUCUGCUUGGUCAGACAAUCCUGGUCCUGAAUUCCCCGAGCCUUGCCUUCCAAUUACUCGACAAGAAAGGCGUAGUAUACUCGGACAGACCAAGAUCACCAGUGAUCAGCGAGAUAAUGGGGUGGGGACGUGCCAUUGCCCUGCGUCACUAUGGCCCGACGUUGAAAGACCUUCGUAAACUUGUCGCCCAGAAGAUAGGCAAUCGUACCGCUCUACUCGGCCUGUCGAUCCAUCUUGAACGCGAAGUUCUCAAUUUCCUGUGUCGUAUCAUAUCCGAUCCCAACACAUUGACGAAACAAGUAGAUCAGUAUACCACCGCUUCGAUUCUACGAAUCAUAUACGGCUUUGGCAUCAAAGAAGGCGAUGAUGAGCUAGCCAACAUUGUCAAACGCGCAAUGGCUAAUUUUUCUGUCGCCACUGCACCGGGAACUUACUUAGCGGAUGUCUUUCCAAUUUUGACAAAAAUCCCCUCUUGGCUUCCUGGUGCAGGAUGGAAGAGGCAAGCACAGACGUGGCGCGCAUUCUUCACUACGAUGCGAGAACUUCCGCUCAAACACUCCAAGCUACACUUGCAAGCCGGCACAUUAGAACCUUGUUUCGUAUCCGAAUACCUGGAACAGAACGAUGACCCAGAAUAUGAAGACCUAAUUGCUGACGCAGCUACCUCACUAUAUGCUGGCGGUGCUGAUACGUCAACGGGAGCGGUUCUCGCCCUCUUUCUAGCUAUGAUGUGCUACCCUGAGAAGCAAAAGAGGGCGCAGGACGAGAUCGACAACGUCAUUGGAAACGAUAGACUUCCCUGUGUGGCUGACCUCGACCGGCUCCCUUAUCUGAAGGCACUUUGUUGGGAGGUGUUGCGAUGGCAUGCCAUCACUCCUGUAGGGAUACCUCAUAAUCUCACAGAAGACGAUGAGCAUGCGGGCUUUUUCAUACCUAAGGGAACAACAGUCUUCCCCAAUAUUUGGGCCAUGCUUCACGAUCGUGGUUUAUACUCGAAUCCGGAAGAAUUCAAUCCAGACAGAUUUGUUCCCUCUGGCAGUUCGGAACCGGAAUAUGAUCCCCGUCAGAUAUGUUUUGGGUUUGGAAGACGUAAAUGCCCAGGCCUCCAGUUGGCUGGUAUGUCGCUGUCCCUUGUUGCGGCUAUGACCCUCUCCGUCUUCAACAUUUCGAAGCCGGUGGUUGACGGCAAGGUUGUGGAGCCUUCGAUGCAAUUCAGUGGCAAGUUGGUUAGCCAUCCUUGUCCCUUUGAGUGCGACAUUCGGCCACGAUCAGCCAAAGCUGCAGCGCUGCUAUCAUCCGCACGCGACAGCCGUGUCUGACGGUUAUAAGUUUGGCUAUGGUGGAUCCUAGAUUGGACGUGAAAGGGUCAUAUUCGAUGUAUGCCAUUGUACAGUGCACGAUAUAACACUCGAUGCAUAGUAGUUUGUGGCGUGUAUCUUAUGUUCGAGGGUCAACACACGCUGAUGCUUCAGACAGGCGUCGCUGUUGAAAGUAAAAACCCUCUCGCUACGUGAAUCAGCCUUCUCGGAGUGCUCGCAUGAGUCCACCUGAGCACUAGAUGCACCUCGCCGUCUUCACUUCAUCAGAGUCGCGAGUUCACUCUGGCGUGUUCGCUCA